AUGGAGGUAAGGGGCGAGCCCAAGGGUAAAAUCAUCAAAAUCGACAACACCAUCGAGGCCUACGUCGCCACGCCCGCCGAGAAGACGGAGCGCAAAGACGUCGGCAUCCUGUACCUGCCCGACGUCAUCGGCAUCUGGCAGAACAGCAAGCUCAUGGCCGACGCCUUCGCUGAGCGUGGCUACCUGACGGUCGUGCUCGACCUCUUCAACGGCGACCCCGUGCCGGUCAACCGCCCUGAGGGCUUUGAGCUCAGCACCUGGCUCGCGCACGGCAGCUCCGGCGACAACCCACACACCAAGGAGGCCGUGGACCCCAUCGUCGUCAAGGGCAUCGAGGCGCUGCGCGGCAUGGGCGUGAAGCACAUUGGCGCGGUGGGCUACUGCUUCGGCGCCAAGUACGUCGUCCGCCACUACAAGGACGGCAUCGAGGUUGGCUACUCGGCGCACCCGUCGUUUGUCGACGAGGACGAGCUGGCCGCCAUCACGGGCCCGUUUGCCAUUUCCGCCGCCGAGACGGACUCCAUCUUCCCGGCCGAGAAGCGUCACCGGUCCGAGGAGAUUCUCGCCAAGACCAAGCAACCCUACCAGAUCAACCUCUUCUCGAAUACAUCCCACGGCUUCGCGGUCCGCGGCGACCUCAGCGACAAGCAGCAAAAGUUUGCCAAGGAGCAAGCCUUCCUCCAGGCUGUCACCUGGUUCGACAACUACCUGGGCUGA